AUGCGUCCCACCACCUUGCUCAAUCUGCUUGCCUUCCCUGUCAUCGCCCUCGCAGCGUCGAUCACAUCCGGCCAGUCCUACAAGAUCACCAACAGCAAGGGAGGUACGGUCGUCGACCUGUCUGCCGCGGAUAAUACGUCGAUCAUUGGCUGGCCUUACCACGAGGGGUCUAACCAACAGAUUUUGGUCCUCUUCGUGCUAUACACGCGCCAUCAUGUACCAGCGCCUAUGCCCCCAUGCCCAAUCAUACCCUCUGCUGCAACCGAUACUAACCUCCUCCAUCUUCAGUGGACCCUCGACUGGGCUGGCGAUGGUUGGAACUUCCGCUCCCUCUCCACCGGCAAGUACAUCAGCCUCGGAGGCGCCGACGCCGCGAACGGCGCGCGCUUGGUAGCGGAGACCGACCCGUUCACGUGGCACAUCUGGACGGACGAACAGGUCGAGGGCGCUUAUCGGCAUUCAGAUGCCUCUUUUCCACGAUCUGGGCUCCGACUUCAUUCUUCUGUCGUCUUCAUCUUCGUCCCGGACACUCACCAGAACUUUGAUCUCUACAACUACGGAAACUCGACCCCCGGCACGCCGAUCACGACCUGGUACACGUGGGAUGGCGAGCACCAGACCUGGCAAUUCGACGAAGGUGAGCAGUCGCGUCCUACCUCCUCUUGGCACCUCUUGGCACCAUGA